AUGGAGCUCCUCACACUUGUCCUAAGCAGUGCUCUGUUCACUGCAGUUAUACUCUUCCAAUUGUCAUUCUUGAGUCGCGCACCAAAUCCCUUGGCUUGUCUUCGCACUCUAGCUACGGCAUGGUUGAGACGCAUCGACUAUGGAGCCGUGGUUGGACCGUUAUAUCAACCCAGUCCAAACGACAAGAAAGAAAGCACAGUCCAAAACAUCAUAGCAUUGGCGGAACACCAUGAGAUAGCAGAGCUAUUAAGUGAUAUGAUUCAGAAAGACGGGGCAAAUUCUUGGCCACCGAACACCAACCACACACAUACGACCUGGCCUACGCCUCUACAACCGUACAAAGAGAUAUAUCUGGAACUCGCACCCCUCCUUCCCCAAGCGACCCCUUCUCUAGAUGACGAAGUCAACAUCUUACGUAUAGAGACUUUCCGACAGCGAUUUCGCGAUUUACUCCAUGACCGCGUUGAUCUCGUCGAAGUUGCAAAGCUUUUCCAAGCAACUGAUGCGGGAUGUUGGGUUGACUUUACCCGCGAGACGUACAAUGCCUUUUACUGCUGUGUUGCCGUCAGCCGACAUGCGUAUAGAUGGGCCACCAUACCCAUCGUCAAAGCCGCCCAACGAGAGAGAGAAAUUGACUUGCCUAUCGAACUGGUUGAACCUUGGAUCGCAAUGCAGAGACACUUCGGUUGUGCGUCUGACGCAGGGAAUAAUACAAGCAACGUUUUGCUCAAUUUCGAUCGCAGGGGCACCUACAUACACAGGAUCAACACAGGAAUGGAGCUGCAAGUGACAUCCAGCGAAGAGACUUUCUUCCGCAUCUUCUACGACCUCGAAGUCUUCGGUGUGCCCGUCUACUACGACAUGGCACGAUCGAUCAUCACCUUCACACGUGGUGACAACGCAGCUUGCGCCAUCCAUGUUGCAAAUAUUGCAUCACAGACGCGACUUGUACUCGGCACCUACAUGGACAAUCUGCAUGAUAAGAUGAUUGCACAUUCUGUCUGGCUGUCAAAGGUGCAGGGCUUCCAGGCGUGGGGCAUUGGCCAUUACGAUAAGGGAACAGACAAGUGGGAGACGUUCGAUGGGCUCAGCGGUAACCAGGUACUGCUAUUCCAGGCGCUAGAUGCGUUUUUGGGAAUUGAACAAUAUCUUGCGCCAAGAGACAUGGAAAGGAACUUGCCAAAGAGGCAAAGAGAAGUAUGCUAUGCUUUCAGAAAACACUCAUUUCGUCGAUCACUCGGCCAGGCAGAUAUGCAUGACAAGAAUAUCGUGGAAAUAGUGCGGAGUUUUGAGGAGAUCCUGAGACGGCUGAGAUUGUUCCGCGCAGCGCAUCGUACGAGAUCGAAAGCCUAUCUAUCUCAGCCUGCGCCUGAACGGAUGCCUAUGACAGCUGGAAAGUCGUUACUAGAUCCAAGUCUUGAUGCCAGUCUGGCGUUUCUCGACGGCUUCAUGGUUCGACGGCUGGCGCAGACGGUAUAG